AUGAGCUUGAUAGAUGACGACGAUAUUCAUAACGAUAUACCCUUAAAAGAACCUAUUAGACCUGUUUCUUUGACAGAGGCAGCAAGAAGCAAGUCGGGACGGCCCAUUCCACCUAGUGUGCUGAUUCGCAUUUUCCAGUAUCUACCUGUGCCAUCACUAGCGAAUGUGGCGUUGGCCUCGAGACGAUUCAAAGUGCUGGCUUAUGAUGAUGAAAUUUGGGAUGAGAAAUUGCGUAUCAUGUUGGAAAAUGACACUGGCGCACUCGCUGCCAUGCUUGAUGGAGACAAUUCCAAAGGGUCUCUGAUAGACGCGGAAAAUACGAUCUAUAUCAACAGCAAGCCUCUUAAUACUUUGAUACCCGGCAUGUCGACAGAUCCGUACAGUGCCCGAGCAAGAGCGAAAUCUACAGGACAAUCCAAAGAAUAUUUCAAACAACUUUACACACAAUUGCUGCCUUAUUAUGUGGAUUUGAGAGACGGAAACAAGGAGACGACAAAGGUGCUUCGUGAUUUUGGCAAUAGUCCAGAAGAGUGUGGUAAAGUGAUCAACUUGUUACUGGGUAUUGGACAGUGCCAUAUUGUGGAUGAUUGGAAGCAGAUCAACGAAGGUGUAAAUGCGCUGUCUCAGUACUUUGAGAGUGCAUCUCUUCAUGAAUUUGAAGUAGCUUACGAUGUACACAACACCACUGAGAUGAAGUCAUAUGCAAAUGCGCUGAUUGCAUUGAAUGGUGGUUCAACAUGUAUGCAGACUUAUGUUCAGAAGCACCCUAUAUUUUACGAUAAUCCGUUCAAGCCAGAGGACAAUUUUGUGACAACACAUGACGAUUUGGCACCUUUCAAGAAGCUCAUGUCACUUGUCAUUGACGAACUCAAGCAGCAAUCUUCGCUAGUAAUUGACGUAUUUCCCGAGAAAAUGGAUGCGUUCUAUAUGUUUGCAGAUCGAGUAUUUGAGGAUGUGAUUGCAGAGUUUGUCGCUCAGCUACUCGGAAGAGCCAUGUCGAUCAGCACGCAUCUUUAUCUGCGCACCAUGUCUGUAGUUCUAACUUCAACCAAGAAGGUCAUCAAUGUGCUCACGAGUGAUGAACUGCCAAAAAGCAUUGAAAAGGAUCGGGGUAUCAAUUUAUUGUUCAAACUGUUCUUGCCAUUCCUGGACGAUUAUCUGUAUGAGGAGAGCACCUAUGCCGAAAAUAUCACCAAACAAUAUAUAGAAGAAUGGAAUAAUCGCUCGGCUGCCCACACAGACGUUUCUGCUCGUCUUACCAACCAGUCUCGUGAAACAUUCAAAAGAAAUUACCUUGCUGCAUUUAAAAAAGUGUUGACACUGCCUGUCGACCUUGUUUCAACAGCUGCCACCACAAUUGCAUCGCCAUUCCAGCGAGCCAGCACAAUUUCAGGCGCCACCAAUAAAAGAGCAUCCGCCAUGUCGACAGAUUCUAUAGCAACACCUCAGUCCACACCGCCCUCUACGCCCAAAGUAUCCACACAAAUGGCUCGGUCCUCCUCAUCUUCCUUGAUGGACCAGCCACCUCGGUCACCCACUACUUACGGCAAAGAUGUCACUGGACAAUUAGAAUUCGCUAGACAAGAGUUGGACAUGUUACAGAAUUAUCUUUCAUUAGAGACAUCACUGCAGUUGAUUCAUAUCAACAAGGAGUCCGAGCGCCGUGUGCAGCAAUUCAUUGACAUUGGAUUUCCCGGCCGCAUGAAAGCCGAUCUACAUCACACAUACGAGCAAAUCUUUAUUCAGCUACUAAAAACACUGGGACACACCCAUAUUCAGCCUGGAUUUGACAGUGCAGCAAGUCGAUUAUCAUCUUACAAACCAAAUGCAGACGCCUCCAAUGAUGAUGUGCCGCCAUUGACAGAGUUUUUCGAGCUUGUCCAUGUAGCUGAUGUCAUUCAGCAAAUGAUCCAACUGUAUUACGACGAGGAAAUUACGAAAAACGUGGACAAACUGGAUUUCAUGAACGAAGUCAACAAGGAAAAGAAAUCAUUUGAGAGAUUGCUGGAUGAUUGUGUUGCGCAGGGAAUGGACCGUGGUAUUCAAGUGCUUUUAUCGCAAGUCGAGUUUAUUUUGUCGCAUGAACAAAGAAAAGAAGACUAUAAUCCGCCAACAGACUCUAUGCCAGAUCUCAAACCGACCAAGGCAUGUCGAGAUACAAUCCAAUGCUUAAAGACAAACACAUCCAUGUUGAUUGGUGCAGCAGAAAAGAGCACAAUGGACUUGUUCUUUAGUGAAAUUGGACGAAGAUUCUUCGAAAUUCUGUGCAAGCAUUUGAAAUUACAAACUGUAAAUGAAAUGGGAGGAUUCCGAUAUAUCAGUGAUAUGAAUGCCUACUAUGAUUUCAUACUAUCGCUUCGACAAAAGACGAUUACACCUUAUUUUUUGGCACUGAAAUCGCUCGCUAAUCUUUACAUCAUUGAAUCUGCAACUGAUAUUAAAUCAUUGAUUCAUGAUUUAGAGCGAUACCACGGAUUAAUGAGGGUGGAAGAUUUGUUUGAAUUUGCAGCAUGCAGAAGUGAUUGGCCGGUCAUCAAGAAGGUCGUUCAGAAAGACAUGACGGAUUGCUCCAUUAUGUAG